AUGUCUGCCGACUACUCAUCGGAGAAGUUCAAGGCGACACAUAUGUUCGACCUCAUUGUUUGGCAUUUUCGCUCAAACUUAUCACUAAAAACGAACAGAAGAGGAUUGGCUACUGCGAAAGAGACGUUCAGUGGAAGAGCCGCUGUGGGUUUUUUGAUGAUUGAAAUUCCAAAAAUGAUCCCAAACAAGGUUCCGGAACGAGACAAAAUGCAGAAGUUCGUGGAGUUCAUGGUGGAUAUGAACGUGAUUUCCGAAGCAUACCCGAAAAAAGACCAGAAAAGAAGGCCAUUCAGUAAUGCGAGAAUAUAUUUAUUCAUGAAGACUUUGGAUGAGUUGAAGAAUCCCAAGCCCCGAUCUCGUCGAUCAGCGUCUUUCAGUGGUCCUCGAAAAAGCGCAAAAGUUGCUCAACCUGCCCCUCCUGCCGCGACAAUGCACCAGCCACCAAAGUCAAGGCUCCAACAAGAAGUUUCUGAGAAGAAGGAGAAGGUUUAUGAUUGGUUACCGUUUAUCAAAUCAAGACGAAAUCACACGAAAGUCAAUCAACCAACCCGUCGUUCAACAUCUCUUGAUCGAAAUCAUCGUGUACUGGAACAGGAAAAAGCUGAAACUGCUCUUCGUAACCAGAAAGUAACCACUCCGCCAAUUCGAGAAGCUCCAAAAGAUGUGGUCUUCAUGCAUCCACAAAGACCAUUGCCUGCAGUUCCUAGCAGAUAUCAAAAUCAUCAGACAAACAUCGCAGGAUCAAAUCCAGCAUUGUUAUCGCGUGGAAGAAUGUACGAAUCCAUCAUGAGAAGAUCGUCGGUUGUUCCAGUUGCAGACUCUCUCCAGCCGAACAACGAAUGCUCAUUGUGGAAAAAAGAGUUGCUUGGACGAUUGGAACAGAUUUACGAUCGCACUCUUCCCUGUGAAUGGGCGUCUAAAGUCGACGGACACGAUAUUCAAUGGAACAUGCUUGAAAUAGAUCAUGUUGAUGGAAUCGUCAAAUCAAGAUGUCAGGGACUGCAGCCAGAUUAUCCGGAAACUGUCAUUCAAUUCAUGGAUUAUCUUGUUCGCUAUCCAUUUGUCACGUCCAAAAAGGCGGAUACAAUGGGGGAAUACAACGUCAAUCGGAUUUUCAUAACUCUAGUCAAUCGUCUCGAAAAAAUUUAAUGCUCCUCUUCAAUUCGAUGAAUGCUCUCUUAUUGUGAAUCUUCUCUGCAAAGUCGAUAGCUUCGCUGCAACGCUUGAAAAUGGAGCUGCAAGGCGAUGGUCGAAAGCGUUGAUAUCUUCGUCUGCGUCCAGUAUUGAAGAGGCUGGAUUGAUGGUCGAUGGAUUCUCCCGAGAUCUUCCAGCAUGUGGAAUUCGAGCUUCAAAGUAUCGACGACGUGCGUUAUCACCAUUUGAUAAUAGAGUGAAUUUGAAAAUACAAGACGAAAAAUCCUACGAAAUCCGAGAGCAGUGGUUGAUCGAAGCAAUUCAAUUGGUACUUCUUUCGCUUCCAACUUCAAGACGUCGGAAACUUCACAAAUUUGUUACAUUCAUUCAAUCGAUCGAAACGAAUGCAGUCUUCGACCUCGCUGAUCCUUCUAAUGGAUCUUCCAACAAUCGUGAAGCGGCAAUCAUCGGACUCUGGACAGGUGUUUGUAGUAAAUGCCGAAAGCAACAAGGAAUGCUGAUUACCGCUGUCCUCCUCGCAAACGUUCAAUCUCUUUUUGCUGUUCCUGUUGAAUUUAUUGAACGGGUCAAACGAUUGGAAUGUGAAGAAAAGAACACCAGAAGUCGACGUGAUUGGCAGCCACCAUGUGAGAAAUCGAAGAAAGGAUUGCUCACACGAUUGUUGCGUAAAUAG